AUGCAACGCACAGUGGUGGGCAGGCGAUGCGCAAAGAAGUCACAGAAAAUUUUAAUCGAUCGAGAUGGCGCCAUCGUCAACUUUGACUUCUCCAAGUUCGGGGAGAGAACGUACGACCAUCCUUGGUCCAUCUCCACCCAGAUCAAGGACGCAUGUCUGAUGGAAAACAACACAGUCGCGCUCUGCUCAGCCUUGCUACUCACAGUCCAAUUCCAAUUUCUCACUCUCCACUACGAUGAGAACUAUGACGAUAUCACCGCAUACUGGGGUCAUGACAGCUUCGGACGCCCGUGGGGAGACGUGUGGUGGGAUGUCUCGCUGCCCUACCUCCUCCUCUCCAUCGUCAUCCAGUGCAUCGCCCUGUUCCAUGCCGUGAUCAUGAUCCUGGCGCUGGGGGAGAUGAGCGGAAACUUUGAAAUCGCCAGGUUGAUGAAGUUUGUCGGAAAGCGAGGCAACGGAGCUUUUGUCUCUUUCCUCGUCGCUCUUGUCAUCUUUGCCCUUUACGUCGUCUUUUGGGUCAUCAUUCACCUUCAUAGGAACCCCCCGAUCAUCUGCAUGCUCAGUAUCGCCGUAGCGAUCAUUAUUUUCAUGGUCUACUGGUGGCCGGGCCCGAUCUACAUCAUCAAGUGCAUGCACCAAGUGAAGAAAGAAUCGUUCGCGGAGCCUCCCAACAGACCUUCCCCUCUGGUCAUGGGCCGAGAGGAGGUCAGGAAGCACCUCGACGCGUUUGUGCGAUCCCUGGAAGACGCUGGUCUUGCCAGCCCUGACAAUUUCAUGAUGUACCUGAUGGGCAUUGAGAACAACACGGAGCAGGGAAAGAAGUCUGGAGACAGAUGCCUGUCAUGGAUGACUCAGAAGAUUGCUGAGGAAGAGCUGGAGAGAAAGUUCCAAGAGAUGCACCCGGCUGAUUCGUCCAGCUGA